CCCUCGGUUUCAGUCAGUCUCUUGCAAGCGGCGCGUCUGCUUGUUCCACAAUAACGGUUAGACCCUAAACUAGAAAUUACUAUAUUUUUGUACGAGUGAAUCGUUUUUACUACUUAGCGUCGUUUAUAUGUCUUAUGAACCUUGUUGUUGCGCCUGAAGCCGGUCGACAAUCAGUUCUGAAAGCGGAAAUGCCGGCGUCGAGCCUCUUCUCCGACAUGGACCGCGGCAUCGGCGACGAGCGGGCUCUCCAACUAGCCCUCGAGCUCUCCAUGCUGGGCUUCAGCGAGCCUUUGAGCGCCGUUUCGGAGCCCGACGCGCCGGGAGACCUCGCGCCCUUCGUGGGCAGCCUCGCCACGGUUGGAUUGGACGAAGUGCGCUCCAAGAAGUCGCAGAACAUGACCGAGUGCGUGCCGGUGCCCAGUUCAGAACAUGUGGCCGAGAUCGUAGGCAGACAAGGUUGCAAGAUCAAGGCUCUCCGGGCUAAAACCAACACAUACAUAAAGACUCCAGUCCGCGGCGAAGAACCCGUUUUCGUGGUAACCGGGCGGAAAGAAGACGUUGCCAAAGCCAAACGCGAGAUUCUCUCAGCGGCCGAACACUUCUCCCAAAUCCGCGCUUCCCGAAAGAACAACUUGGCCGGUCUCGGAUCGGGCGCGAGCACUCCUCCGGGCCCCCCGGCCAACAUCCCCGGCCACGUGACGAUCCAGGUGCGCGUGCCGUACCGCGUCGUGGGGCUUGUAGUCGGUCCCAAGGGCGCCACCAUCAAGCGCAUUCAGCACCAGACGCACACCUACAUCGUGACCCCCAGCCGCGACAAGGAGCCCGUCUUCGAGGUGACGGGCCUGCCCGAGAGCGUGGAGUCGGCACGGCGUGAGAUCGAGGCCCACAUUGCCAUGCGCACCGGCAACGGCGCCUCCAUGGGUCUGGGGGGACUCGAUGACGGCGACCUCUUCUCCUCGCUGUACAAGUCCGGCUUGAGUUCCAUUCUCAACUACAUCGAGCCUGAGCAGUUCCCCAUGACCGGCUCCAGCACGUUCUCGUCGUCGGGGUCAUGCUCCAGCAGCUCGUCGAGCAGCGGCGGCCGCGAUCUGGGCGCCAUCUGGAGUAGCAGCGAACGCGACGAGGGCCUCGGGGACUCCCCAAGCUUCGACAGUUCGACGGCAUUGUCGAGUAUCUGGUCGUAUCCGCCAGUGGCGCCUUCACGGCCCUCCAACAGCACCAGCCCCGCGGAUUCGUUGCUCGGCUCGGCCAAGUGCCUCGUCUGCGGCGAGGCGAAGGUCACGCACGCGUUGGUGCCCUGCGGACACAACUUCUUCUGCAUGGAGUGCGCGAAUCGCGUCUGCGACGGCACGGAGGCCCAGUGCCCCGUCUGCUCCUUGCCCGCCAUCCAGGCCAUCCGCAUCUACUCGCCCAACCCUUAAAUCGAUCAAUCCCACCACAUUCCCGCGCCCUGUGUUCAGAUUCGGUCGGGUUCGCGCCCUUCGCUUCGCACGUCGCAUACAACGAACGCUUGGUUUAUUUUUUCAUAGGAUUAUUUUUUCAGUUUUUUCGGUUGUGCGGCGCGCAGGGGGCCAACUCGCCGAAACGUAGUCAUCAUAUGCCAGUUACUAUUUUUCUUAACGUCACCGUUUUUCUAGUAUUAGACCUAAGAUUGGUUGGUUUUUAUUAUUUUGUAUUUUUUAUGUGUAUGCACUUACGGAAUAACCUCUCGACUCCGUUAAAUACCCUAGAUUUGAAAAGACAUGACGCGACACUAAUAAACGUAAAUGUAAAUUUUUAUACUAUUGAUAAGUGGUUCGUUAUUUUUUAAAUAUAUUUUUUUAAGUUUCGCCAUGUGACAAGUCACAUUAUUAAAGUCUGAAUCAGCAAUUCUCAAAAUAUUAUUUAAGUGUAUAUUUAAAGUUUAAAAAUAAUAUAUAAAAGUAAAAAAGGCAAAAAAUAUAUAUUAUUAUUGAAAAAAGUGAGAAAGGACAGGAGAAUGUAUUAGAAGGAGUUUGGUAAUAAAAAGUGUGCAGGCAGGGCUUGGGGGCCUUUCGGCUGUGAUCUGAACUGCCACACGGCGUGUCGGCGUUGACGUCUCGCCGGGCCAGUUGCACCCCUAAUAACGACAUACAUAUCCCUUAUUGUUAGUUAAUCACUCAUUGUUGCUAUUGUUCUGUUAUGUCAUGUGAUGUGAUACAUAUAUUUCUAUAUUUCUGAUAGCUUAUAAGUUAUGAGAGUAUUUUGUAUAAUAUAAUAAUAAUUAUAAAUGAAGAAGAAGAGUAUAAAUGAUUUACGUGUGCAGUCCGGUGUACGACGCCCACGCCGCCGCUGAUAGUUGUCAUACUGUCCAUGUCCACAGCCACUGUAGUCUUGUAUAGGGUCAUCGUGCACCGUCAUUUCACAUUUUUGUGAACAAAAAAUCAUCGCCGUCACAUCAAACUUUGUGCGGCCCCCACCUGCGAUCUCGUGCCUCGAUCCUUCAGUAUUCACACGUCAUUUGCCGCCCCCGGCCUCCUUUGAUUUUCAUAUGCAUUUCUUCCUGCGCCCUGCACCCCCCCCCACUACCCGUUAGGUACACUGUUCACUGUUCGACCGGCCCACACCGACCGCCCUAGCUUUACUUAUUAUUAUUAUUAAUAUAUAUGUAUUAUUAUUAUUAUAUAUAUUUAAAUACUAAGAUGCUAUAUUUUGUUUUUAUUUAUUUUUUUAUUGUAGUAUUUUGAAAAUUAUCGUUAUUAGAUAAAUUUUAUAUAUUUUAUUAUUAUUAUUAUUAUUGCCCUUAUGCGGUUCCGGUGAGUCGGUCUGGGCCGGUUGGUAAGCGCGGGUGUCCCCCCCGACGACUUAGUUUGUUUAUACGUACACUUGUAAAUAAGUUGUUGUUUUAUAGCUAUUAAUACCAUAUUAUUAUUACAAUUAUUAUUAUUUUAUUUUUUUACAUAUUUUUGCGGAGAUAUUUAAAUAUGAAUGUUAGUACAAGUACAUGGCCACAGUUGUGUGCAGAGUGACUGUUUGAAAUAGUUUAAUUAGUUUUUGAUUGAAUUAUAUUUAUAUUGAUAUUUUAAUUAUAUGAAACAAUCCUCGAAGUGAUUUCUUUUGUAAUUUUUUAUUGAUUUUUGAAUAUGAAAUGUAUAAGUGUGUUUUCUAUUUAGAAAUUUAUAAAUUAGUACGAUUUUUAUUCAAAGCGACUGACCUACGCUUAAGGAAAAUUCGCUUAUUUUGGUCGUCGUCGUCUAGUGGACAACUAAAGGCUGGGUGUGGUAUUCGUAUAUAUUAUUUAAAUAAAAGAAACUAUAUUAACCUUUUUAUAAGACUAAACCACGCUCGCAACUUUGGUUGAUCCUUAGAAACCUAGCAAAUGUUAUUUAAGGUAAUAUUUUUUUUAUAAAUUAAUGCUACCAAAUAUCGUAAUAAAUUUCGUGAUUUAUAUUUUA